AGGGGUGGGAGGAAGGCGCUGGGGCUGGGAGCGGACCUGUCGGCUGGGGGGACGCCUCAGUUUACCCCGCCCGCGUUGGCCGGGCUGCCGGCGAUUGUGACGCGGGGACUCGGGCUGAGACAGUUGUGUUUGGAGGUUCCCCUGAGUGACGAUGGCCAGAGUGGAUCUAAGUCACUUCUUGGACAUUGUCUACGGCGGGGUGGACCCCAAUAUCACGGGCAACGGCGGGCCGGAGUGCACUGCUUUCCUCUCGGUCAGGCAGCGAGUGCUAGAAUCAGUCAUUAUGGUGGCCGUGUCCUUGCUUCAGAUCGUGGUGGCCUAUGAGAAGAUUGGAGACGGAUUCCGGGAGCAUUGGAACCUCAGUGGCUCAUCGCAGGAACAUCAUGAGACGCUGGGCAGGAACAUUCUGCAGGCCGCCCUGUGUUUGACCUUUGGCUUAGAAAUUGGGUUCAAGUGUGCGUCGAAAACCCUCAUUUAUUUACUAAACCCUUGCCACGUGGUCACAGCCCUCCAGAUAUUCCUGCUGACUUGCCCACCUUGCCAAGCCGUCCUUAUUCUGUUCAGGCUACAUAUACACAUGCUUAACGGGCCGCUUCUGGCCUUGGUCUUCCCCGUGGUCAACACCAGACUGCUUCCUUUUGAGACGGAGGUAUAUUACAUCCAGCAUCUUCUCAUGUACGUCGUUCCGUUUUACCUGCUGGGCAAAGGGGGUGUGUACAAACCAGAACCUUUGGGAGACUUCAGGUGGGCGGUGUUGGCUACAGGGCUGCUCUUUCUUUACCACUACACCAUCCUUCAGACUCUGGCACUGGUGACGAUGGUGAACUUGAACAAUAUGCUGUGUCCGGCCGUGUCUGACCCAUUCCAUGGACCCCACUAUCGCAUGUGGGCCUCCCUGCACCAGACUGCGCUCUUGCUCGUUCAUGGGAAGGCGAUCACGCUGCUGGCUUUUGCUGUGCCCUCGCUGAUCCGCACCCUCCGGGGCAAACUGAAGCUGGAGUGAGCGACCGGUGUGUGCGCGGGGCCAACCGGCCCACAGGGAUGCGGACGCCAGGGUCGCGGGAGUGGAUUUGUUUGUCUGGAGAGUGACUGCUUCUUCUGGAACCUUAACGGGAACUGGACCAAGACAGAGAGGUCAACGUCCUCUUGGAAUUUCCCCACAACUCCAUCAGCGACCGCGACCGCACCCUCAGCACGGCCGCGGGCUGUGACAGGUGCCACAAAAAUAGGUGGCUCAGGCUUAUAGGGGCCAGAGGAGAGGGCACGGACACACAGACGUGCAAGUGCAGUUACGGACCUAUAGAUACAGGCACGGUUGCAGGCGUAUAUACACACACACACGCACACACACACAUACACUCACAGAUUCACAGACAUGCACACACAUACACUCACACUGACAGACAGACAGACUCAGGCACACACACACACACACAGACAGUUUCUCACAGACACUAGCACACACACAGACUCUUUCUCUCUCACACAGACACACUUAUUGUAUAGAUUCUGCCCUUGCUGUGAGUCGGUUUUGUACCAGUUCUGCCCACUGUGAUCCAGCCACUUUUCCUGCCGUGACAGUGCCUUGGCCCACAGUACAUUCUGUGGAACUGAAACACGUGUGGAACAUGACACCAGAGCAGCUUCUCUUGCAGUAGACCCUGAGCUGGGUAGACAAACCACCAAACCCUCCUGGUCACCAUCGGGCCUCCUGCUCCCCUGAGGACCGCACUGGCACACACUUGAAGGGAGGCCAGGCCAAGAGGACAUUGUUUCUUUCCCAACAAGGAAUCCAAAGAGAUCUUUCAACUUGUGUUUUUUUUUUGUUCUCAUGAUAUUAGAAUAUGGAAUGUAGAUUAUUACAAUGAGUACAGGUCCUCGAUAUUAUGCUGACAUUUUAACUCUCUCUAAGAUUCAAUAUAGCCUUCCCCUCCCACAUAACCCUCCACGUGCCUAUCUAAGAGUCUCUUUAAAUGCCCCUGAUGUAUCUGCCUGCACCACCACCGUGCACCCUUCCGCUCUCUGCUAGUGGUAAGGGUGGACUCCCCUGAUGCAGAGUCCACCAGCCUGUUUGUGAUUUUGUUUAACGCGGGGAGGCUGAUGGACGGGCAACCACCAUGAGGGUCAGGGUCCAGUGACACGGAAUACAAAACAACCGGGGACCUUUGCUGCCGUUGUGAUGAGUCAUCAUCUUCGACCAGAUCUUGGUUAGAUCGUUCUUUGCCUGGAUCCUCUCCCUUGACUGUACAACCCACGGGUGACCCUACCAGGCAUCACUCUUGGGAUCUCAGGAACUCACAAGCUUCGCCACCACGAAAAGGUGACGAUCUGUGGACAAGGAUCUGUGGAAAACACUGUAUAGAGAAACCUACCUCUGACAUCCCAUAAGACAUAGGAGCAGAAUGAGGCCAUUCGGCCCAUUGAGCCUGCUUCCCCAUUCCAUCAUGGCUGAUUUAUUAUCCCUCUCAAACCCAAUUCUCCUGCCUCCAUCCCAAAACCUUUGACACCCUGACUAAUCAAGAACCUAUCAACCUCUGCUUUAAAUAAACCCAGUGACUUGGCCUCCACAGUCGACGGUGGCGAUGAAUUCCACAGAUUCACCACGCUCUGGCAAAUGAAAUUCCUCCUCGUCUCUGUUCUAAAUAGACGUCUCUCUAGUCUGAUGCUGAGCCCUCUCGUCCUAAACUAUCCCACUAUGGGAAACAUCCCCUUGAUUGCCACUUUAUCAAGACCUUUCAAUAAUUGAGAGGUUUCAGUGAGAUUCCCCUCAUUCUUCUAAAAUCCAGCAAGUACAGGUCCAGAGCAUUCAAACACGCCUGAUAUGUUAACCCUUUCAUUCCUGGGAUCAUCCUCGUGAACCUCUCUGGACCCUCUCCAAUGCCAACGCAUCUUUUCUUGGAUAAGGGGCCCAAAAUGGCUCACAAUUAUUGCCCAAUUAUUUCCUCCAAUCACCCUAUACAGUUCACAGUCGGUUUUGUUUAUCCAAGGAAAUAUGUUUGUUCUCAAGGGAAGUAAUAAAUAGGAUUACCGAACCAGACAUUACAAUUUACUCUGAAUGGUAAUCACAAGAUUUAAAUCCAGACGUCUGACAGCGUUAUAUCCAGAUUAUAUUUCCUGCAGAUGUUAUCUUGGUGUGAUUCAGUCACUGCUCCCAAUACAUAGUCAUAGAGCACUAAAACUGUCCUUUGGCCUAUCCAGUCUGUGCUGAACCAUUAUUCUGCCUAGUCUCAUCAACCAAUACCCAGACCAUAGCCCUCCAUAUUUCUCAUCCAUGUACCUAUCCAAGUUUCUCUUAAAUGUUGCAAUCAAACCCAUAUCCACCACUUCCACUGGCAGCUCAUUCCACAUUAUUCACCUUCUGAGUGAAGAAUUUCCCACUCCUGUUCCCCUUAAAUAUUUCACAUUUCACCCUUAACCCAUGACCUGUAGUUCUAGUCUCAGCCAGCCUCAGUGGAAAAAGCCUGUUUGCAUUUACCCUAUCUAUACCCCUCAUAAUUUUGAAUACCUCCAUCAAAUCUCCUCUCAGCGUAUCUGCCACAUUGCAUCCUCAACCUGAUCCUCAUUAGGAGAUGCUACAGGAUGAUUCAGGCGCCACAGUGACGUGGCUGGGAGAGUCUGUCUCACAGCUUCAAAGGCCCAGGUUCAAUGCUGACCUCGGGCGCUGCCCACGCGUGGAGUGGGUGCGUUCUCCGCACGACCGCGUGUGUUUCCUCUGGGUGCUCCUGUUUCCUCCCACGUUCCAAAGAUGUGCACGCUGGUGGGUUAAUUGAAUUGGAUUCAGAAUCAGGUUUACUACCAUUGACAUACAUUGUGAAAUGUGUUGUUCUGCAGCAGCAGUAUGGUGUAGGACAUAAAAUAGAAGUUACAGUAAGAAAUAUAUAUUUAAAAAAUUAGUGCAAAAAGAGCAAAAAUUGGUCAUCGUAAGUUUGAGUUAUUUAUUUAGAGAUACGGGUGGAGCAGGUCUUUCCAGCCCAACAGGCUGAACUGCCCAGAAACCCACCAAUUUAACCCCAGCCUAAUCACAGGACAAUUUACACUGACCAAUUAAGCCUGCUAACCCGUACAUCUUUAAACGUGGGCAUGGUGAGAAUGUACAAACAAAUUGAACUCCAAACUCCGAUGCCCCGAGCAAUAAUAUUGUUGUGCUAACUGCUGCACUACCAUGGCAUCCAAAUUGCCCGUAGUGUGUGGGUGAAGGGUAGAAUCUGGGAGGUGGGCCAUUAGCUGUUGGGAAUGUAGGGAGAUGAAAAUGAGAUUAGCGUUACAGUACAUGGGUGGUUGAUGGUUAGCACAGACUCGUUGGGCCAAAGGAUCUAUUUCUGUCAUGUAUAGUUCCAUAGCUGGCACAGGAAUCAUCAUUUAGCCUCGCAAGCACGAGGAAUUCUGCAGAUGCUGGAAUUUCAAGUAACACACAUCAAAGUUGCUGGUGAACGCAGCAGGCCAGGCAGCAUCUCUAGGAAGAGGUACAGUCGACGUUUCGGGCCGAGACCCUUCGUCAGGACUAACUGAAGGAAGAGCUAGUAAGAGAUUUGAA